UUGCGAUGAGUGCAGUUGAUAAAUGGAGGAUUUGUGUUUGUCAAGGUAGUUUUGUUUACCCGUAAAUUUUCAUUCGGUAUUAACACACCGUGCGUUUUGUGUGUGCUAAGAAGUAGAUGAAGGUGCGUAACAGUUCCCUUCGGGUUUCGUAUUAAAUUUGAAAGGAUUUAAGAUGUCCCGCAAUCAUAAGGACAAGUAUGAAAACUCUAAUCCACGUCGCACACACACCUUCAUGUCUACAGAGGAUGCGAACUCUGGAAAGAAAUCUUAUUGGCCAGAAUUGGAGAUAACAGGCAGUAUAAGAAACCUAAGCCCAAAUUUAUGGCAGCUGACGCACUUAACAGCUCUGUAUCUGAACGAUAAUAGUUUACAAAGGAUACCAUCUGAGAUUGGACGUUUAGUCAAUCUACGUGUAUUAGAUCUCAGUAGCAACAAAUUACGCAGUUUACCAGCUGAACUGGGGGACCUCAUCUAUCUCAGAGAACUCUUGUUAAACCAAAAUUACCUCCGUGUGUUACCAUACGAACUAGGAAAAUUGUUCCAGUUACAAAUACUUGGACUCCAAGGGAAUCCUCUCAGCAAGGAAAUAAUGGCAUUGUAUGGAGAACCAUCGGGGACUCACAAGCUGCUCUCGUAUAUGCUGGACAAUUUACAAGUUACUGCAAAUCAUCCACCACAGCGACCAUGGAUACCAUUGACGAGACCGAACAGGACGAGACCAACGUGUAUAUUCACGGUAAUGUGCUACAACGUGCUGUGCGACAAAUACGCGACACGGCAAAUGUACGGUUACUGUCCGAGCUGGGCGCUCGAUUGGGAGUAUCGAAAAAAGGGUAUACUCGACGAGAUACGGCACUAUGCCGCCGAUAUCAUUAGUCUGCAGGAGGUCGAGACGGACCAAUUUUAUAAUUUCUUCCUGCCCGAGCUGAAGCACGACGGCUACGACGGGAUCUUCUCGCCGAAAUCUCGGGCAAAGACAAUGGCCGAGAACGACCGUAAAUACGUCGACGGCUGCGCGAUAUUCUAUAGGACGGCCAAAUUUACACUGAUAAAAGAGCAUUUAGUGGAAUUUAAUCAAUUGGCAAUGGCGAACGCGGAAGGUUCGGACAACAUGUUGAAUCGUGUGAUGCCAAAGGAUAACAUUGGACUGGCCGCUUUGCUCAGGACCAAGGAAGCUGCCUGGGACAAUGGACUCCCGUCCGACCCAGCACAAGUCCAACAGCCAAUUUUAGUUUGCACAGCACACAUCCAUUGGGAUCCGGAAUUUUGCGAUGUUAAAUUAAUACAAACAAUGAUGCUCAGUAAUGAAUUACGUUCCAUUUUGGACCAAGCUGGCCAGUCUUUCAGACCUGGCCACAAGCCUGACUCUUCCAAUGUUCAGCUAUUACUCUGCGGUGAUUUCAAUUCCCUACCUGAUUCUGGUGUAAUUGAAUUUCUUACAUCGGGUCGAGUAGCGGCUGAUCACCGUGACUUUAAAGACUUGGCUUAUAAAUCAUGCUUACAAAAGAUCUCUGGUUGCGAUAAACCUAAUGAAUUCACGCAUUCUUUUAAACUAGCAUCCGCCUAUAGUGAAGAUAUCAUGCCCUACACUAAUUAUACAUUCGAAUUCAAAGGUAUAAUAGAUUACAUUUUCUACUCGAAACAAAGUAUGGUACCGCUAGGACUUUUGGGUCCUCUGAGCGCGGAAUGGUUCAAAGAACACAAAGUGGUCGGUUGUCCACACCCCCACGUACCAUCUGAUCACUUUCCCCUACUAGUGGAGUUGGAAAUGACUCCGACAGUAGGAACAAGCAAUGGACUGAUUACACGCAGGUAGCAGCCGCUGCGGUCUAGGCCCAAGUAACUAUAAGGGAAUAAAAUAAUAAAAGAUGUUAAUAACAAGGAAAAAAUCCCCAUCACAUUUUCUCUUAAUUCUGGCUCUAGCAAUAUCACUCGCAGUCGACGGUUUAAUUCAAUAGCGAACGUUACAAAAUGCUCCAUAUUGCCGCACAUUUCAACAAGUUAUUAUCGAAUAUAUCGAUGAAUUAAUUCUAAUAUGACCAGGUGAAGGGAGGUGUGUUGUAAUGCGUUUAGCCCAUGUAUAGUGUAUUGCAUUUUUAAGAGCUAACGUUUCCCCCCGCCCCCGCCCCCGUAUUUAAGAGUAUUUUAAUCUUUACUACCAUCGUAACAUGUAGAUACACCUAUUUUCCUACAAAACGAGAGAAAAAAAAAACGACGAUAUUCCGAUCAAGCCUCUGUGAUAUUCACAUAAAACUAAUUGGAACAAUUUCACAUAUUUAUUAACAAAUUAGCGUCUACUAGAAGGAAUCCCUAUUCUCCCCCGCCCCCCACCCCCACCUCUCUAAUCUCUUCCUAAAUGUCAUUACAACAUUCUCCAAACCAACACUUUUUGAUAAGAAUGCUGCCAUCCAAUGAGAAAUUGUAUUUUUAAAACGAGACGAGAACGAAAAAAGAAAAAAAAAUGAUACGAGAACAUACACAACACUAUACUGGGCUGUGCAAAGUGAUUGGAGUUGACUUGACAAUUUUAAUGCAAGUACAAAUCUGUUCUUAUUGGCCACGUAUGAUAAUGUUAUAUAAGAGUAAUAGAUGAUAUUGUAGCAAGUGUAUUUCUAAGUAUGAAUAAUGUAAUGUUCACGAUUCACACAGUAUACUGAGAGAUCGAUUCAGACAUCACUCAUUAGAUGUUCAGUUCCAGUUAUUAUCAUGAAUAACGAAUUGCUAAUUGGCUACUUGUUAAUUCAGUUGCACGUUCGAUCCAAAUUGUACAGCAGAGCUCGCAUCUUUUAAUCAUCUUGGGUAAUUUCCUCUUUAAACCAUGUAUAGAACGAUAUCGUUACUUUCCACGUAGGAGUUACUUUGUUCCCGAACAUUAUUCAUCAACAUAUCAACAGUUUGUAAAUUUUAACUGGCACGACUUGUGUCCGGAGCAAUACAAUAUCACUCGCGAUCGACGUAACGUUUUACUGUAUUAUAAUAAAUUUUAUCGUUCCGCUUUAUACGAAAAACGAUACCUUUCUAGAUAUUUUAUUGAAAUAUUUUAUUAGAUCUCUGAUGAUGAUGGAAUAUACUAGCCGCUAAUUUCGUGUGUAUAUUAUUUAUCAUGUAAUACUUUUUUUAUUUUUUCCUUUUUUUCUACUACAAGCGAUUUACUUUUAUUUUUUAUUCCGUUCCGAUAAAAGCACGUAUACGAUUUGACAAAUGGCAAAAGAUCGUAUACCUAAAUACCUGUUUGUAUUUAUAACGACUAGUGUUCCUAAAUAUCUUUCAAAACGGCACUAUCGGCGCACCGCGAAUAGUUUUCAUUGUAUAUAAUGAAUGUGAUAUACGUAUACAUAUAACUGACGAACCCGGCUCGUAUGCAGAUUCGACGACAAAAGAAACGAAACAACUGAAUUACACAAGUAGUAUGCAAUUAGUUUAUCAAAGACAUGUGUGUAGUAAAUGUUGUAUAAAGUA